CUUAUCUCUCUCACAGUGCCUCCUCCCCUUGCGUAUUUCCAAUGGGCCGCCACUCGCUAUUGGCUCUCUUGCUCUUUUCCCUCCUAUCAGCCGCGGUCGCAACGGCGGAGGGCAUCGACGAUGAAGAUGAUCUCCUGAUACGGCAAGUGGUGACGGACAACGACGAUCACUUGCUUAACGCCGAACACCAUUUCUCCUCCUUCAAAAUCAAGUUCGGCAAAAUCUACGCUACUAGAGAGGAGCACGACUAUCGUUUCGGUGUCUUCAAGGCUAACUUGCGCCGGGCUAGGUUACACCAGAAACUUGAUCCAUCCGCCGUCCACGGCAUCACAAAAUUUUCCGAUCUUACUCCCUCGGAAUUUCGCCGGCAGUUCCUCGGCCUUAAGCCACUUCGUCUUCCCGCCGAUGCUCAAAAGGCUCCAAUCCUCCCUACAAACGAUCUUCCUACGGACUUCGACUGGCGAGAUCGUGGAGCAGUCACCGGCGUCAAGGACCAGGCAUCGUGUGGAUCGUGUUGGUCGUUUAGCACCACAGGGGCGUUGGAAGGAGCUCAUUUUCUAGCGACGGGCGAGCUUGAGAGCCUUAGUGAGCAACAGCUAGUGGAUUGCGACCAUGAGUGUGAUCCAGAAGAAGCUGGAGCAUGUGAUGCAGGCUGCAACGGUGGGUUGAUGACCUCUGCAUUCGAAUAUACUCUCAAGGCCGGUGGGCUGGUGCGAGAAGAAGACUAUCCUUACACGGGAACAGACCGUGGUACCUGCAAAUUUGAUAAAAGCAAAAUUGCUGCUUCCGUGGCUAAUUUCUCUGUGAUUUCCAUGGACGAAGAUCAAAUUGCUGCAAAUUUGGUGAAGCAUGGCCCUCUUGCAGUUGGUAUCAAUGCAGUUUUUAUGCAGACGUACAUAGGCGGCGUUUCAUGCCCAUACAUAUGCGGAAAGCAUUUGGAUCACGGGGUUCUUCUGGUGGGCUACGGGUCUGCCGGUUAUGCCCCCAUUCGCUUCAAGGAAAAGCCCUACUGGAUCAUCAAGAAUUCAUGGGGAGCCAACUGGGGAGAGAAUGGGUAUUACAAAAUCUGCAGAGGUCGUAACGUGUGUGGAGUGGAUUCCAUGGUCUCAAGCGUGGCUGCUGUGAGUACUUCUGCACACUCUUCUUAAGUAUGUCUACUAGUUCCUGCCCCAACUACUAGUUUGGAGUUUGUGUAAAUAGCAAAUAUGUCAAAAUGUAGUUUCAUAUCCUUAUAAUUAUCCUCUAUAUAGGAACUGGAAAUUGUGCCCCGUUCAUGUUCUUUUAUGGUUUCUGGGUUUACUUUGUAACUCUAAUUAUCGGUUGCACCACCUAUUGUUAUCCUCUGCAAUAUUAAUAGUACCAGAACUCCUGUAUGGAACCAUAUGGUCUGCUCAUAAUUUAUACAAACAUUUGACGAA